UUUCACCUUCUUCUGUUGACUAGUGUCUAGUAGCAGUACCACCUUGCCACCUUUACAGCUACUAGUCUAGCACCGAUUCACCCCGAUUCACCCACAUUCAAGCCAACCACUCGAUCAUACUUCGCGCAAGUGAAUCUAAGCUAAACAUGCAGCAGCAAACAUCUUGGAAUGCUGAUCCCGCCCCCUCUUCUGCACCCCCUGUCCUGGAGGUGCCUGGGCCAUUAAUCACCUGGCCUUUUUCUUCUCUGGUCAACCUUUCUUUAUUUAUUCCUUUCUUCUCUUGCUUCCGUGCCACCUUUCAAUCUACCACUCCUCGUCUGUUUUUGAAUUGGUAAAUCGCCUACAAUGUUGGUUAGUCGCCUCUGGCCAGUAUUUCUAGUACUGGCUACGGCCUCCGCUGUCUCAGUGAACCCCUUGCCGGCCCCGCGCAACAUCACUUGGGGAUCAUCUGGACCCAAGCACUUGGCUGGCUUUGUGACUUUACGCGCACCUAACGACACCGACGACAACAUCCUCGCUAAUGCCUGGAAUCGCGCCUGGAAAACUGUAGUCGACCUGCAGUGGGUACCGGCCGCCACCGAAGCACCCAUCUCAAGCUUCCAGCCCUUCCCAACUGCGUCUCCCAAAACCACUCAAAAGGACAAGCGCGUCUCAGCGCCCUCGGUGCAAUAUGUCGAUGUGGAGAUCAAAGACAUCACUGCGGACCUUCAGCAUGGUGUCGACGAGUCCUACACUCUCGAAUUGACUGAGGGGAGCAGCACGAUUGAUAUCAAGGCCGCGACGGUCUGGGGAGCGCUGCAUGCGUUCACCACCCUUCAGCAGCUGAUAAUCUCGGACGGCUCGGGUGGGCUGAUCAUCGAACAGUGUGUCUCAGUCCAAGACGAACCCCUCUAUCCGUACCGUGGUAUCAUGAUCGACACGGGACGGAACUUCAUCUCCGUCGGCAAGAUCUACGAGCAAUUGGACGGAAUGGCACUUUCGAAGCUGAACGUCCUGCAUUGGCACCUCGAAGACACUCAAUCCUGGCCCGUGCAGAUUGACUCCCACCCCGAGAUGAUCCAGGAUGCGUACUCGCCGCGCGAGAUUUUCACUCAUGCAGACAUGCGCAGCGUGGUUGCAUAUGCCCGUGCUCGUGCCAUUCGGGUGAUUCCCGAGGUUGACAUGCCCAGUCACUCUUCGUCCGGAUGGAAGAACGCGGACCCAGAAAUGGUGACCUGUAUCAACUCGUGGUGGUCGAACGAUGACUGGGCUCUGCACACGGCGGUCGAGCCGAACCCGGGCCAGCUGGACAUCAUCUACCCCGGCACAUACGACGUAGUGCGGGACGUCUAUAACGAGCUCUCAGAUAUCUUCCCCGACAAUUGGUUCCACGUCGGCGCGGAUGAGAUCCAAGCCAACUGCUUCAACUUCAGCACGUACGUGACGGAGUGGUUCCAAGAGGACCCCUCGCGGACCUACAACGACCUGGCGCAGCACUGGAUCGACAACGCGGUCCCGAUCUUCCGCAACUACAGCACCUCGCGCCGACUGGUCAUGUGGGAGGACAUCGUUCUCUCGACCGAGCACGCGCACGACGUCCCCACCGACAUCGUCAUGCAGUCGUGGAACAACGGGCUGGACUACCUCAGCAAGCUGACGGCGCAGGGCUACGAUGUCAUCGUCUCGUCGUCGGACUUCAUGUACCUGGACUGCGGCUUCGGCGGCUUCAUCACCAACGACCCCCGCUACGACGUCAUGAGCAACCCGGACCCCAACACCCCUAACUUCAACUACGGCGGCAACGGCGGCAGCUGGUGCGCCCCCUACAAGACCUGGCAGCGCAUCUACGACUACGACUUCACCACCAACCUGACCGACGCCCAGGCCGCGCACAUCAUCGGCGCGGUCGCGCCGCUGUGGUCCGAGCAGGUCGACGACGUGACCGUCUCCAGCCGCUUCUGGCCCCGCGCCGCCGCCCUGGCCGAGCGCGUCUGGUCCGGCAACCGCGACGAGCAGGGCCAGAAGCGCACCACGCUGAUGACCCAGCGCAUCCUGAACUUCCGUGAGUACCUCGUCGCCAACGGCGUGCAGGCGAGCCCGCUCGUGCCCAAGUAUUGUCUGCAGCAUCCCCAUGCCUGUGACUUGUAUCGUGACCAGAGUGCCGUGCACUGAUGAUAUGUACUCACGAAAUAAGCCUUGGGUGUACAAAUCUUGCCUUUUGGAAGACCCCUCGUUGGUUUGUGGUCAGCAUUGGAUGAUCUAACGGGCUACUUAUGAAUGGCUGCUGUAAGCCGAAUCAUCUUGCAUAUGUGUAUAGGUGCUACUUAAUCGAAUGGCAUAAACCCACGAAUAUACUUGCC